GAGGUUUCAGUCAUGAUAUAGUAAUACGAGAAUGUAUAAUCAAAAAUAAAUUAUGGAUGCGGAUCUGGAAAGAGAGCUAGUAACAAUAAACCAGUCGAUUCUUCAGUUCAAACAGAAGCAAAUAGAUUUUCGACAACGACUAUCUUGUCUAGAGAACCAGAACAGGUCAAGUUUGAGAUGUCAAAGAGAUGAAAAAUUUGAGGAACGCAUCAAUGCCCUUGAAGGGCAGUAUUCACAGCAAGGAAUUAAUAUUGACGAAAUCAAAAGAAUACUUGGAAAAUUGGUUAGGAAAGUAAACAAAUUACAUGGUGACACAGGAACUAAAAGCAAAACCAAUGUUGGAACAAACAAGCAAGCACCUAAUUCCAAAAAAUCAUCACGAAUAAAACAUUUUGAACCUGGUUCUGUUACUGACUUAAAUGGUCAGAUUAGCUCCAACGAUUUAAGUUCAGUAGAAUCUCAAGAAAGAAACAAUUGUUCUUCUGCAUACAUUUUCAGUCAAAAAUGUGAAAUUUCAGCUUCUUUUGAUGAAAAAAUCCCGGCAACUGCUAUAGAUGCUUAUAAAAAGUCACCACCUGAAGCUCAAUGGGAUUUAUACGCUAUUGGAAAUCCAAAGUCUUCCAAUGUUCAAAAUCCACUAAAUGAAAAUAAUAAAAGUGCGACUGCUAAACAUGUAUUCAACAAUGGUGAACAAUAUCAAGUAUAUUCAUGUCAGAUGCAGGUUCCUUCAAACAAUAUAUGGUUUCCAGCAAAUAUUCCAGCAAAUAAAACAAAAAAUUUGAACAUAAUGGAGUCACACGAACCUAAACCAAAACAUGGGUUUCAAAAGGACGAAUACAGCAAUACAAGCGAUGAGAACGUAGAAAACAGUCCAGGGGUGCCAUUUAAUACCUUAGAAACAGAAAGGGGAAUUGAAUCUACAAGUUGCGAUGCAUCAAAUAUUCUGACUAAAAAAACAUUAAUGAACAACUUUGGUUUGAAGACCUCACGUACAAAUCUGAUGUUUGACAAUCGUGUAAGAUUACUUACCGAUCAAACAUGCUACGACGGUUUGUUUAUUGCAUCUGUUGAAGGUAUCACUGAAAAAAUACCACCAUUAGAUAAUAUCAAGCCGACUCAUUCGGAACAGUCUACAACGGGCGAUUACAGGUAUGAAUAUGAGGCUUCUGAUAUAUUUGAAGAUGGUGAACAACGUACGGACGGAAUUGGGGAAAGUAGAAAAGCAACUAUUGCUGACUGGCAAAGAUAUACUGAACGAUUUACUAUAGAAGCCAGCAAUAGGGUAAAGUCAGGUGUUGUUCAGCGAGGAUGGCAUGGCCACGAUGUUACACUAGUACUAGAUGCAUGUGAGCAUAUGAGAGGAGAUAAAUUCGUCUCCAUGAAAUCAGCUGCAAAAAGAUAUAUCGAAGGUGUCAAACAGAUUCAGAGAACAAGAGGUUUGGUAGAAAAUGUCGGCAUCGCUGUGUUUUGUGGACGGAGUAGAUUGUUAUACGAACAUACAAGUGACUACGAUCUACUGCUCAGUUUAAUAGACGAAUUAGAACCAGAGGGAGAAGCACCACUAAUAGGAGGACUGUUAAUGGGAAUGGCUACAGUUCUAGCUGGGACAACUACAUGUUCGGGAGAGUUCACGACUAUGGGACACAUGAUAAUGUUCACAGAUGGCACUUCCUCAGACAAAGAACUUAUAGCCACUGAUUCGGAAGUUUUAAGUGUAAUAAGAACAAUAGCGGAGCAUUCAAUUAAGGUGUACUAUGUUCAACUUGGAGAAAAACAAUUAAGCGUUGUUAUGGAACAAGCAGUGAAAGAAACGAAAGGAAAAGUGAUAACAAUAAGUGAGAUGUAUCGUUUGAUUCGAAUGACACAUCUUCUUGGAGUAGCUGCGUUAGUAGCAGGAGGGAUGAAAUUUUUAUCUGAAGAACCAAAUAGAGAUUUAAUCAGUCAAAAAAUAUAUGAAGUAACAAGAAAUCCUGAGGACCAAAACGAAGAUUGUAUCGACUUCGUGGUGGAAUUUGCCAAUACUCAAUUGAAAGAAGGCAUCUAUAAGGAACUAAAAUGUCGAACAUUACAUCUAGGAGAUAGGGUACGACGUGGUCCUUUAUGGACGUAUGGGGAUCAAGAUGGAAACUGUCCGGGUACUGUAAUAGGACAACACGACAAUGGUUGGGUUCGUGUUGUAUGGGACAACGGACACAAUAAUAUCUAUCGAUACGAAGAAAGUUCUAACACAUUUAAUUUGAGGAGAGUGAAUGAGAAGAGAAUACUGGUAGACGAAAUGAUUGCUGUUGGAUGUAGAGUUGUUAGAGGGGAAGACUGGAGAUACCAAGAUGAUGACGGUGGAUUUGGAACCGUUGGAACAGUUCUAAACGUAAAACCGGAAGGUAGAGCUGUAGUAAGAUGGGACAGUAAGAAAAUGGGAAUUUACAAAAUGGGAUACAACGGAUUCUUCGAAGUUAUAGUGGUUGACGAAAGCAGUACAUACGGUGAUGAACAAAUACCACUUACCGAUCUGGAUGGAAUGAAUCAAAAUGAAGGUUUCGCGUGUUCUAAUUCAUGGAACCAGGCAAAAGAUACAGAAAAUUUUUCAUGGGAGUACAAAGACAACAAUGAUUCAAAAUGGAAGAAAUAUCCUCUAGAUAUUAAUAAUAAAAUAGAAAACGCUUUCAAAAAGAAACCAACAGAAAAAACUAAUUUUAAAAUGGAUAUGAAAACGUACAUUAUCAAUUUCGCAAAAAAUAUUCAGGUCAACCCACGAGACGGCACGGAGAUUGAAGUUCGCAGAUCAGUAUAACAUGGUGUAACCAAUUGAAAAGCCAUUGAGAAUCCAGAAUUCAUGACACACGAUGACAGAUAAUUUCAGAACAUUGAUAAUCCACGAAUACUUUCGUUCAAAAAAGCUGGUCUCUCUUUUAUAAAAAAAAACCACAUACGUAGAUGGGAAAAUCCAUUAUGAUUAAAAGCUAUAUAUAGGAUAAAAAGGAGUUAAAAUUUGGUUCGAUUGUUUUCGUGAAAGGAAUUAGACGGUGAUCUCUGGUUAUGAAAAAAAAACUUACCAAUACUGUUGUAAAGAAAAAACGUUUUAAAUAACGAUGCACUUUUCAAUUUUAUUCGAAAUUUGUUGAGAUGUUUUUGUUCAUGAAAA